UUGUGAGUGGAAAAGCCGGUCGUCGUGGUUUGUGGAAGAAUUUCACCAAAAAAGUGCCUUGAACGAUGGCUACGGAACUGGAACGUAUACUUUCCCUGCUAAAGGGAUGCAUCGAUGCUCAACAUGCUGUAAAGGGCAAGGAAUGCAUUUUAACCAUCGGAGAGUUGGUCCUCGCUGGAGACGGACAAAGUUCGGCGGAAUCAGAAUAUUACUUGGACAUCUUGAUUAACUCUCCGAAUGGUGUGCUGGCGUUUCUCCAGCGUUCAAUCAAAACGUCCGGACGUUUCCAAAAGGUCAACGAAGAGAUAUUCGAGCUGUUGCGUCGGUUGGUUCAGAAACACAGUGUACAAGUUCGUAAAUCCGUUGAGAGUGUCGUCCGUGAAUGUGUCCGAUACGUCCAGUCGUCCUCGGUAAGUGCGCGCGAACGGGAAUUGGCUACGGCGGUCGUUCAGGAUUUGCUGGUUUACAACUGCCUCGACGAGCAGUACGACAUGAGCCAUUUGCUGGGGCAACUGUUGACGGUUUUCGAUCAGCGCAGCAAGCUGACGAAUCGCUUCCAGCAGAAUCUGUUCGAGCUGAUCGGAUUGAUUGCGAAGGAUUUUCCGGAGUGUGUCUCUGAAGCGUACCAGCGCAAAAUAGUGGACAAUAUGAUGCGGGUGGCCGAGGGCCAACUGCUGGAGGAGAAUUACCCCUCGCUGGUGUCGUUGGCAGGGGCGUUGCAGGGUCUAAACUAUUACCUGGUGAAUUUUGCACCCGGUAAUGAAGUGGAAGAGCAAGAACAUCAGGCUGAUCUGAGGCGGCGUAUAUAUUUGAUAGUGAAGAAGCUCUCCGACUGGGAUGAAGCGGUGAAGGAGCGGCAGGCAUUCAGAAAUGCCCUGGUUCUGUUGGAACGCCACAGUGCCCUGUUUUCGCCGUUUCUCUACGCCGACUAUGUGCACUGGCAGAACAUUCUAACAACCAAAUGGCUACGAUCGUCCGUGGACGAUCGCAAGGUGGCAAUCUAUGCGUUGCAUUCUUUCCACCGUGAAAUCGCCCGCCAGUUGGUGACCCGCGAGGACCUCGACGCAUCGGCAUCGACCGCGAACGACGGCACUCGUGAUGCCCGUAUUGCAGUGCUAAGCUACUUCAUGAAAUACUUCAAGACCGUUCUGAUGGCAACCGGUUCGAAACCAUACGAGAUACGGGUAGCCAUCAGAGGAUUCGGUUCGAUGGCGGCAGCCUGCAGCUGCCUGAUGACGGAGGAAUACAUGAACGAACUACUGCUCUUGGUGAUGCAGCGGACGGAAUUCGUUUACUUGGUGGAGGAAAAGUCGAAUGAACUGUUGGAACAUCUGCCGGACUUCGUGCAGGCACUGUCAGAUAUUAUGAGUCACGUGCGCGAAUUAACUGGAGUGCAGAUCGUUGCGCUUCAGAACAUCAUCAUCGGAUUAAUCAAAGAUUUUCAUUAUCUGAGCAGUUCGUAUCAUGAACUAAUUGUGAGUUCACUCAUGAAGACCUUCGAUAACUUGAGCAAACUUGGCGGAGGGGUGCUGGAAAAUUUGUUGGAGAAAGUAAUUUUGAGAGGAAUCAUCUGGAGUUGUUCGCAUAUGCUGGUGGUCGAUGUGAAUCAGGGCAGAGGACCUGAUGAAAACUCUAAUUGGAAGGAUUACAUUACCUACAGAAACUACCUUCCAUUGUGGAAAGGAUUGCUCACGCCUGGAUCAAGUGUACACUCGAAUAGAGUCUCGCUGGUGAAGAUCGUCUACGCGCAAUUGAUGAAAACUUUGUUCCUAAUUUUGGACAAAAUAGAUUUGAGUACUCAGAAGCGAACUGUCAAAGAUGACACAGGGGAGGAUCAGGAAGUGUUCUUCUGCGAUCCAAAUAUCGACCUUUCACCGGUCAAACCGAAAGAUUUUCACAUCUUUUUCAAUUUAGUUGAUUUGUACCAGGACUUAUUACGAUACAACAAUAGCGUACGGGACUAUUUUGAAGAAUGGAUUCCGAUUUAUUUCGACUACAUGGUAAAGAAAUCCUUGAAGCAUCCAUUGGUCAGUGGAUUAGUAAAACUGAUUGAUCUCGGAAUGUCUACGGCUAACCAACUGCAAUACUUUCAAAGCCAGCAGAUUUUUUCCAAAAUGUCAACGAUCAACCUUUUAGUUUACUACUUGGAGCUUCAGAUCGCCAAAUCCCGAAAUUCUACCGGAGAGUUGCAGCACACUUGCUUGCGAUUCAUUUUGGGGGCACCCGUGAUGUUGCUUGACAGUUUCUUGGACGAUUCUCAGGAUCUUGUAGAAAUUCUGCGCAUCGCUUUACAACUGGGAAGGGGAAUGCUGAGCUUGGCAAAUGUUGCUCUCUCCUGCGUAAGACGUCUGGUGUCGGAAGGAUCUCCGAUUUCUCCGGAAAACCGUGAGCGCGUUCUCGUGCAUGUGCUUCCGUUUCUGGACAGUUAUUUACAAACGCGAGACGUGGCUCUACCGCCACCGAUCAGUUCUCGCCUGGUAAAGUUCCAACGGAAACGGAGCGUUCACAUGACUAGUAGCAAGAUAGAAAAAAUUAAACUUCAGCACGCCCUGGAUGCUUCCGAAAGCGAUUUGGUUAAAUUUCAGCUGAAAAUUUUAGUAUUUUUGGGUGAUCUUGAACCGACCGUUUGCACCAAAAUGAUACUUCAUGCGGAGUUGGGCGAAACGGCCCAACAACUGCAGGAUAGCGAAAAACCUCUGGUUCUGUGGGAUCUAGACUCGAAUCGAAACAUUUCGCUACAGCUGCUGAGUAGAACCGGGAUCAGGCCUAUUAUCAAACUUGACACGAUUAUUGCCCGUGUUUGCACAUUGGCGGUGGGUUCAAGCGAUCGGAAAACUAAGGUCGCAGCCUGCGAGCUGCUGCAUGCGUUAAUACUGUACACCAUUGGAAUACAGUACCAGGACAAGAUGACCAAGUUGUGGACAAAAUUGUGUAACCACUUGUUGCAGCUCGCCACCGACACGGACAUCGCCGUUUGCCAAAUGUUCGAACCGCUGCUGUUCCAGAUCAUCCACUACCUAACACAGCCAUCAAAGAUCGGCCUCAAGGGAACGGAGAUCCUGGCCAGCUGUCUGAUGGAAUCCAUAUCGCAUCCGACGGACACCAGCGUCCGGGAUCUAGCCGCCCGAUGUAUUCGGGAAUUCCUGGUUUGGACCGUUCGACAGACACCAGUCAACCAGCGCAGUGCUCUAUCAUCUUCGUCCAGUGCGAACCUUUCGGUCAUGCUCGAGAAGCUGCGCACAUUCAGCUUGGACUCGAACCCAAACCGUCGUCUGGGUGCAGCUCUGGCUUUUAACAACAUCUACCGAAUUCUGCGUGAAGACGAAUCCCAAAUUGAACGCUGUUGGUUCGAUCUGUUCUAUGUGUUCUGUAUGAACUUUGUGAUGACGGAAGACUUUGAUAGCUCGACGACCAACUUGGAGCAGGUAUCGGCUGCUAUUGACCAUUUGGUGCGGGUGCUGGUGGUGAGGAAAGAUUUGUUCAACCGAGAGAGCAGUGUGAGGAUCGUUCCAAGAGUGUUCGGAGGUAGUUUACUGAAGGAUUUGAUUCUAUGGUUGUUCGGACAAUGCAGCUGCCGGGAGUCCAGUUAUCGACACAAAUGUAUGGAAGUAUUUUUGAAAUUAGCGACUUUGAUCGAUGGCUGUCGGUCCGGAGCAGACUUUGUGGGGAAAUAUCUUAGCGACCAGCAGAUUUUGGAUGUCUGCGAUCACGAGGCCACGAUGCAUGGGAUUCGAAAUUCUGUUAAUUUGCAGUUCAUUUCGGAAAAGAAGCUUCCCAUAAUUGUAAAUGUUUAUCUUUGGUUGGAACAUUUCGCUUCCAGCUUGGAUAUGUACUUCUGGCUGAUUAAAAACUCCUUGUUGCGAAAUGCUGAGGAAUUAUUGGAAUCAUCCAACCUCUUUACAUCAGUGGCAUAUUUUCUAGCAAGCGUAUCAAAGGUAUCGAUGUUUGAGCUCAUGACAACAAUUCGGCCCAAUAUCGUAGAGGAUAGCCACGCUAGCAUUGAAUUCCGCGUGUGCACCGAUAAGAUAAUCAAAUUCAACCUGCUGAAAUGUACAAUCACCGUUCGAAUAGUGGACCUGUUGUGUCUUGUGUUGCCGCUCAGUUGCUGCAGAAGUAUUCCGGACACAUUUUGGGAUUCAAUGGAGGUAUCGCAGUUUAUAGUGGAUCUCGUAUUUGAGCCGCAAAAGAUGGGCUUCGACUUCAAAUCGUGUCGCGAAACAAUAGAAAAUCUCCCUAAGCGGGUAAUGGGUCUCCUGGAUAAAGUAGAAAUGUUCGAAAACCUACGAUUCAAGGAAACUACGUAUCGGAAAUUGUCGGAGAAACUAAGUGAUUCCAUGAAGGAUUUGUCGGAUCGUAUUGAAGACUUGAUCAACUCUGAAACAAUAGGAUUGGAAGACAGCAACUGGGCAAAGGGAAUGUUGAUGAUGGCACAGCGAUAUACAAUAAUUUUCAAGCGUUAUUUCAGUUCCCGAACAAUAGAGUUUUUGGAGGCAGCGUCGAAUGAAAUCCUACACAACGUAUUCAACGGUCUGAAGAAGAAACGUUCAGAUGAGCUGUUUUUGUUAGAAUUGACACCAUCGGUGAAGAGAUUUCUCUCUAGUGUCUUGUUAAUUGCCUUACACCUGAAAUCGACAGGAACAAUGGAACUGCUGGUGGAGUUUAUGCUCAACAGCCAGAAACUACGGAUGUUCCAGCAGUCUUCAAGGUCGGUUAUUUUACAUGGCGAACACUUUGUCAACACAUUCGAGGAAGUAAUAUUUGAGUAUGUCAUACAGCAUUUCCCGGAGAGCUUGAUCUCCAUUUUUGAUCGUCUGAAUAUCGACAACUUUCCAGUAGUAUUGAAGUGGGUAUGUAACUGCUUGGAGUUUAUAUAUCAGAAAAAACGUUCCGAGAUCUCCUCAGUGAAACCUAUUAGUGAUUUUUUGCUGUGUAAAUGGAGUACUAUCUGUAACAUUGCUUCGGAAACGGAAAAUAAGUUCGGUUCGACGGAUCUACGAUUGAUCGAGUUCAUGUCCAACUUGGCUAUGGUGAGUCCAUUUGCGCUCAAUGAUAUCGGACGCAAGGCAGUUGGGUUCGAGAAUUGGCUGCUGACUUUGAUUUCAAAUGCACAGAAUUCGCUGGAUUUGAAAGCUAAAGCAAUGUUUUUGUUACCGGCCUUAGUGGGAGAAUCGGACUUCGAUAAAUCUACCGUAGCGGAAGCUUUGCAGAAGAUGCAGAAUCAACACUUUCCUUUACGUUCCUUGGAAUUCGUGGCUAAUAGCGCCGAACGGGUUAGCUUUGAAAAUUGCCUCACGGCUCUUCUGGAUGCCAUGGUAGCUUCCAGAUCUCCUGUGCUGUUGAAAGCUGUUAUCGAUGCAACAGCCGCUGACCCAGAGCACAUAGCCGAGCACAAAAUCCGCAAUGCCUUUGAAAAGUACAUGAGCAGCCAAAAUAAUAACCAACAGUGUUACAACUUGAAACAAAUAUUCGCCAAAUUCCGUGAAGAAACACUGGAACCCAAUAUCCGCAUAACGAUGCUAAAGCGAUACUUGAUUACUGCGUUACCAGUAUGCAAUUUGGAGACAAUCUACACGUUCUAUAAACUGUACAUAAAAACUAUUAACGACAUGAUUCGUAGCAACUACGGUCAGUUUGGAUCCGGUUGGGAAGCUGAACAUGCAUUAGUGAAUCGCCUCGGAGGCUACCAGUUGAUUGAACUGUAUGCAGCAAUUGUCCCGCGACAGUAUCUGUUAACGGAUAACUGUAUCGUGGCUAAAGCUCUAUACGGCGAGGAUGGCAAUAUUCCGGGUAACCGAUUGAUAACCGAUUUGACAAAGAAAGCAUAUGCAGCUAGAUCAGAAGUGUUCCUAACUCCGGAUUCACCAACAGCGGAGUUAUUCAGGAAAUACCAAUGCGCAGCGUAUCGGGCCCUGGCUGCUAUUAUCAGCAAUACGAAGGAUGAUCUUCAACUCUACAACGUAUUGCUGUUCAGGGAAAACUCCGACAAGAAUGAAUUUAUCUGGAGGAAACUUGUCAACUGCACCGAUGCUCACAUGUACGAUAGCUUUAGCCAAGAACUGGAGGAGUAUCCUAAAAUCAGAGACAAAAUAGUUUCGAUUCAACGAUUGAGUUCCGCCUCGACACAGUCCAGCGGUAAUCGCUUCAAAUACAUUCAAAUGACCAGCGUAUUCGAAUCAUCGCUGAGUCAGGAUGUUACCAAGUUGGAUUUGAAUUACUCUGUCGUGCGAACUACGCAGGAAAUGGCCGUCCGAGCGGCUGAAGAAUUCGAUGCUUUGAAGCAAAAACAAGCUACCGUUUCAUUGGAGCGUUCGAAAAUCAACGAUCAAGAAGUGAUGGCAACGAUUUGUGCCGUAAUCCAGCAUAUGCAUGAAAACAAAAUUACACCGCUUGUUGAAGGGAUCAAUGCUGCGCCACCGCCUUGGAUCAAAUUCCUUGCGGCAUCGCUGCGAGAUCAGCAGCAGCACAAGAAUGUACGUCUGUUUUUGGCAAAGGUCAUCGAUAACUGCCGAACAUGGCUGAAACCGUACGCUACGACGCUAAUUCCCCCAUUGAUGCAGAUGAUCGUCGACGAGUGCAUCGCUUCCCAAUUGAACACCCUUGUGACGGAUUUGAUCGCAUUAAUUUUGGAGUGGAGUGAUCAAGGAUAUCAACCGGCUAGCCUAGACGAAAUCAGUCUGGCAACAGGACUGGUGAAGUUCGUAAUGCGAAACUGUUUCCAUGAAAGGCGUGAAGUAUUUCGGCUGAAUUUGGAACUGGUCAAGAGAAUGAUCGAACAAUGGAAGACAGUUGUCAGCGUGCCGGUCCAGCUGCUCUAUGACAUGAUAGGACCGACCCAGGAUCCGGAAUCGGUGCAAAACAUUGGAGGCUUGCAGUUGAACGCUAUCGUAAUGGCAAAUGGAUUAGUGCCGUGGACGGAAACCUCCAAAUUUGAUUUUAUUCGGGCAAUAUUUAGAUGCCUGGAUUCGGAAAAGGCAGCAGUCUAUCGACCGGCUUCCGAACUCUUGGGAAUGUGCUUAAGUAAUUUAUAUCCUGGAGGAGAAGAGCAGGAAGAUGAAAGAUAUCAGAACGAAUUCUUGGCAAAACUAAUAGCAAUGCGAAAACGACAAGAAAAGAAGUUUUUCGACAUUAUCUACGGAAUUCAUAAAUCAUUCCCUUCAAUUGUGGACUCAUUCCUUGCUGUUGUUACAAAUGCUAUUCCCAGUACCAAUGGAGCUCCUAAGAAGAUUCUACUUGAAAUGUUACUCUCCCGUAUUGAAAUCUUUAAAGAGCAAGUACACCGGGAAUUGUUGUCUUUGGAUUUAAAAGGAAUGUUGAAGGAUCGACAAUAUCAACUGCUGGCUUUGCAUUUGAUUAACAAAUCAUUGUCCCUAAUGUCGAAUGAAAAUCUGGAGAAUCUGCUUGAAAACGUAGCCUCAUUGGCAAGCAUUGACCGUCCAGAAGUGCGCGACAUUGUGUACGAGAUCCUCAUAUUUCUCCAAGAGAACUCCUUGGAAGCGCUAUCAACCGGCAGUCGACAAAAACUUAAACGAGCAUUACUGGCGGGGCUUAGUGAUUCUGAACAGACAAUUCAAAACCGCAUUUUUGAUUUCUGGACAAAUGAAACCCGUUUUCCAACGGAAAUCGACAGCCGUUUCCGGUGCGUCCUUUCGGACCUAUACGAUCCAUCUAAAGAGGCAGACUAUCUCGGUUAUGCCACACAGAUUUUACUCGAUUCAGCCGUUAAAAACCCGGAGUCCAAACGCAGAAUUUUCCAACACGAGUAUGAAGUCGACGUCAAGCUCAAAGAAUACGCCAUCGACACCCGUUGGAGGCAGCGAAAUUCAUUCGCAUCGGCGCCAUUAUUUGUCGAGUCCCAACAGCGUCUUUUCACGGCUGGUGAUGGUUCCCAGAUGGAGCGACUGAUCAAAGCCACCCAGUUCAAUGCGGAGGGAGUUCUAUUCGAACCCACUUUAGAUCCAAGUCUUAUAACCCAACCGGCCACCAGUUUUACGCUUCCCACACAACACUCCCUAAUGUUCGAAAUAAAUCCACCGGUUUUGGAUCGAAGAUCGAGGCGAACUACUGCACCACAAAGUGCGCCGGCUACCGUAAAAUCCUAUGACAGUCUUCGGAAAAGAAUCCUUAAAGACAAAGAUAGAUCAGCACGGAAUCAAGCGCUGAGAGCCAUCGAGCGAUAUAGCUAUGAAACCGUACGGAAAGCGGAAAGUCAUAAGAUGAAGCAAGGCGAGGUAGUUCUAUACCGUCGGUACCGAAUUGGCGAUUUUCCUGAUUUACUCAUUAACAGUUUAGCACUGUUGAUGCCAUUACAAGCUCUUUGCAGACGAGAUCCUCAAUUGGCACGACAGGUAUUCGUUGCUAUAUUUUCCGGAAUACUGGACGAAUGGGAGCAGACCGAGCAAGACCCGCACGAAGCGAUCAGCGCUAUCAAUGCGUCCAUUCAGAAUAUUUUUACUGAAACCAAGAGUUGUGAUCCGAACUUUUUCGGUGCACUGAUUGAAGUCGCCAUGAUGCGUCCGAAGUUAUUCGACUUACCCGCUGAAAGCGUAGCGACUGUUGCUGUAGGAGCCAACAUGAUGACCAUGGGAGUACUGUAUUUGGAAAGCAAGUUGCAUGAGUAUGACUUCCCGGACCAAUCGAUCAGCUCGCGAUCGUCGUCCGUUACUCUUGAGGCUCUUCACUGGAUCAAGCUGGCUGAACUGAAUCAUUCGCUGAACGAGUAUGACAUUCUUGGCGACAUAUUCUCAGACAAAAUGGAUAGUGAUCCAAGGCUGCGAGAAGCGAUCGAACUGGAGAGCAGUGGAAACUUCUACAAAGCACGAGAACUUUACCAUCAAAUGAUACGUGACAAUCAGACGCGAGUUGCCGAGCAGAAUUUCUGCUACCAGUCGUAUUUCAACUGCUUCGCUCAGAUGGGAAUGUGGGAAGACUUGGUACCGAUUCUGGAACGCCAAGUCGACGGAAAUUCGGAGGAGUUUUGGACCGACGAAUGGAACUUGGAAAACAUUCUGCCCAAAUAUGUCCAUUCCAACGCGCGUUUGAACCUAGCAGGUGAUGAACGCGGUCGUGCUUUUAUAGAACUGUUGGAAGCCUGGAUGCGUGUUCCCGAUCGGAUGGAUUACAUCAAAUCGAACUUCGGGGAGGAAAUAUCAAUGCUGCAGAUUGCCAGCGGUGAAUAUUCCAGAGCAAAGAUGUAUUCGAAUCAAGUAAUGCGACAAUUUUUGGAGGAAUGGAGUUAUUUGGAUGUGCUUUCGGAUAAAAUACGGGUGCAAAAAUUGCUGACCAUUCGAAAAGUGUCAGAGAUUUAUUCAUUUAGCAGUAUAUUAAACGACCGGAUGGAGGAAAAUCAGCUGCAAAAACUUGUUUCCAAUUGGAAAAGUUCCUUUCCGACGGCUUCAGAUUCCCCAAUGAUUUGGGACACUUUGCUGGUUUAUCGUAAGUUCGUGUUGAACAAGUUGGAAACUCUAUUGGAGACAACUGCUGACGAUCGUUUGCACCAGACCGAUUUUGUGAAAAAAUUAACGGACGCAGUUUUCGAAACAGAGCUGAGACUGUUGGAUGCUUCAUUUGCGCAAAAUAAUUAUCGUUUCGCGAAGAAAAUAAUGAAGCGUCUGGAGAUGGUAGCGGACGAGCAAAGCGAACGCGGUUACCGGUGGAGAAUUGCUCAGCUCAAGUUACGGCGGAUUGGCGAAGUGGAAACGGGAGGAGUCUCGGCAGCAAGUUUCCAACGAUUGGACCGCAUCUGGCAGCGAUUGAAAGCAGUCGUGCAGGAGACCGAUUUGGAGCGCUACAGAGUGGUGAAGGUGACCGGAUUACACGAGCUGUUCCAAAUGACGGAAACAUUAAGGGAAAUCGUUCACAAUAAUCCGCAGUUGGAUCAAGGAUCGAUGGCAGUUGAAUUUGUUGCGCAUUCUCGGCAAAGUUUGCAGAAAUCCAUUGAAGUGCUGAGUGAAGAAUUUUUUGAGGAUAGUACCGUUGGAUCGAAGGAUAUGGCGCUGCUGGCCGAUUGUCAUUUCAAAAUGGCGCAGUUUUGCUAUGAACAACUUGAAAGGGAAGUUUUAGGAGAAACGCUUGACCUUGAACGCCAACUGGUAAACGCCCUUCUGUGUUCAAUGCAGUACGGUUCAAAGCCAGCCCGACAGUUGUUCCCCUGCUUGUUACAGCUGCCCUACCUACAGGACGGCACCCUACAUGCCUCCUUUAUAGACGCCAGCAGCACCGUUCCCGAGUGGAUGUUCUUACGUUGGAUUCCACAAAUUCUAUCCUUCGUCGAUUUCUCACAGGAAUCCUUCCUGGAAAGCAUAUUGACUCGUAUUGCUACUAACUAUCCGAUGGCAUUAUACUAUCCUGCCAAAAUGAACUUCCAAAGAUAUCACGCCCGGACAGGCUCCAUUAGUCCAUUUGCCAGCAGAUUUAUGCAACUGCUCGACAUCCCAAAUCUGGAUCACUUUGUAACUGAACUCUCUCAAGUUGUAAUUCCUUCAAUGAAAGUUAACAAAGCAAUAAUCGAUUUACGUAUGGCACAUUAUGAGUCGAACGAAGAAUACCAGAAGCUCGUUAAUGAUCUGGCAAAUGAAGCCUUCCCGGAAGAUUCCCCUAAUUUGGGUAGAGAACACCAGAAACUGAUUCCACUGAAAGGCGAGUGGCUAAAGCUACUAGAACUUGAUUUGAACCAAACCGAAGAAAUACACAGAUGUUUGAAUGCCCUUAAAGAGAAGAUUACCCGACUGAUUCCGAAACAGACUACUCUAGAGUUGAACAACUAUUCUCCAUGGUUGGCAGGGUACCAUUUCAGCCAGCGGGAAGAGAUGUUGGAGCUGCCUGGCCAGUACAAUGUGGAUUACAAGCCCAAUGUUUGCAACCACGUUAAAAUCGUUAAAGUUUGCACCGAGCUGGAGCUGUACAUAACGCUUCGGAAUCCGAUCCGGAUCCGAAUCAACGGAAGUGACGGGAAGGCAUACGAUUUCCUGGUGAAAUAUGGUGAAGAUUUACGCCAGGACCAACGUAUUCAGCAGCUGUUGGGAACCAUCUCGAAUCAGUUGGCGCUGGAUCGCCAGUGCAAAGAACAUCAGCUGUCAGUGCGAACCUAUGAGGUGGUUCCGAUCAGGGCGGACUUCGGUAUUAUUGGAUGGCUGUCGAACACUUCGUCGAUAAAAAGAAUAGCCGUGCGGUCGAUGAUUCGAUUCAAUCCGGACGGGGAUGUUACAGGGGCGAUCAGCAGCGAAUAUAAUCGGUUUUUGUUGGAGGCGAGCGGACUGUCCGGUGAUCAACUGCCUCCAUUGUCCAAAUUGUAUGGAAAAGUCGCUGCCGUGAGCACUCCAGAAAGGAUUGCGCUCAAAUUCAAUGAACUAAGGUACAAAAUCAAGGAGGACACCUUCAAGCGAGCACUGUUCGAAAUGGCCGUGUCCGCGGAAUCGUUCUACAGCUUGCGAGCCAACUUCGCGAAGAGUCUGAUGACGAUGAAUGCCUCCUGUUGGGUGUUGGGGGUCGGUGACCGCAACACGUCCAACGUGUUAAUUGACCAUAGUAGUGGGAAACUGACCGGAGUUGAUUUCGGAAUUGCUUUCGGUGCCGGAAUACGGGAUCAGGGCAUCCCCGAGAUGGUUCCGUUCCGGUUGACGCCACAGUUUGUCAACGUUAUGGAGCCGAUGCGUACGUCCGGCGUAAUGCACAUGUGCAUGGUUUACACGCUACGGUGUCUGAGGGACUCGCGCAAGUUGUUGAAAUCUUGUCUGGAGGUGUUUGUGCGGGAGCCGACGUUGGAUUGGUUGGAGGCAGCACAGCAGAGAUUUCCACAGUACGAGGACAAACCCGAACUGCGGUGGGAUCCUCAGGCGCGGAUCAAUAUUGCGAUUCGGAAGUUGAAUGGGGCCAAUCCAAAAGUUUUGAUUGCUGAAGAGUUACGACUUGGACAGGUAGGUUGCACCCGGGAAAUCCUGGAAGGCUAUUUGAAGCUUCUGCAAGUGAACGAUCCACCGUUGGAGUCGGGAAAUCUAACAGUGGAACAGCAGGUUCAGUGCUUGUUGAAAACCGCCACUAGUGGAGCUGUAUUGGGUAUUACCUAUGCCGGUUGGUUUCCGUGGUUUUAACUAUUGUAUUAUCAGUUGUUUUUUAUCGUUACGUAAUAUAUGUUCAGAUUACUAAAUAA